AUGGCAACAGCCUUGGCUGUUGAAGCGUACGAAAGCGGAGCCAGUGGAGACAGGUCUGCGUCGGAGGCAGGUCUGACAGGGGCAGUCGAGUUGUCAACAGAUCCAAUUCCGAUAAAUAGGAACUUGUCUGCUCCAAAAGGUUUCUUGGUCUCUUCUUCCUCCUCUCCACAAUCGUCCUCCUUCUUCUUUUUCCAUGGAAGCCAGUCUGCAGAAACUUCUUCGUGUUCUGCAACGUACUGCUCAACCUCCGCAUCUUCUUGGAGCAGCUCCAGAUCUGCGUCUUCUGCCAUAGCUUGGUCGUCUGAGCCCAGCUCAACUGACUUCUUCUUGACCCCGAUCAGCAGGAACUUUCUGGCCCCAUAA